AUGGAAAGCUCGGAGUGGGAGGAAGUGUGCCGCAAGCAUAGGGGCACAUUCUCCAUCUUCACGGUGAAUAUUUCUUUGAACGCCUCCAUAGAAAAUCUCCAAAGAAUCUUCGGGCACUUCAGUAGGAUAGUCGACAUUUACAAACCUUGGAAUGAUACCCUAGGGCAUCCCCGAGGUUUCGCAUUCAUCAGAUUCAGAGAGGAGAAAGAUGCGGUUGCAGCAUUGCAAGCAUUGAACAGAAAGAUGGUGGAUGGAAGGAUCCUCAUGGUGGACAGAGCAAAACCUAGAUCCGUUGGCCCCUCCGGCCCUUCAAGGGAACUCCAGAACCCCCCUUUACCCCCUCCUCACACCCGACCCCUUUAUCAAUCCCGUCUAAUGUCUCCUCGUCCCCCUCCCAAGUCCCUCGCCCUCACGGCUUCUCUCCAUCAACCCCCAUCCCCACCCACCACCCCAUCGAGAACUCAAGCUCGGGCCCAGCCUCGCAACAAAAUGCUUUUCUCAGAGGUUGUCAUCAAUAGGCCUCUUUCAUGCACAUCAGCUGUUUGUCCUAAGGCCUCAUCCUACCUUCCUCACCAAGAGAUAUCUGUAGGCAGACUGUUUUGA